GUGUAGAAGUCUUUCUUCAAACCUUGCUCUUUUUAUAAGGCCGUAAUAUAAAAGCGUUUGAAAGUAUCUAGAAACGCGCUAUAAAUCCCAUCAAUUAUUAUUGUACUCGGUAAGCCAAGUACAAAAUGUUCGGACUUAACUUGUUAUUGUUCCUAAUUCACGUAAAUCACUCCCGUCAGAAACUAAUUGUUCCGAUUUUUUGUACAACACAUGAAUGCACUGUGAGCCCUAGCAACGAGGCAAGUGUUCUAUGUACCAUAGCAACCAUGGCGGAGGAUCUUUCCCUGACGGAGGAAAAAGGAAAAGAAGUCAUGAAAGAACAAAAAGAAGAUCUCUACAAGCGAAUCCAAGAGCUGAGAUGUUCUAAUGCAGCCCUGCUGGCAGAGAUAGACCUGUUUGAACGAUAUAUCAGCCGCGUCGACCCCCAGGACCCAGUGUCACAUGGAGGGGGAAGUGGUCCAGGGGCCCCUGGUGGGUCCAAACUGGAGAGUGGGGGUCGUGGGCGGAGACGGAGGUCACGCUCUAACAUACCAGAUCACCUCCAACUGCUCACCUUGGAACAAAAACUUUCUGUGGCACAGAGAGAGCUAACAGAGACUCAACAAGACAGAGAGAAACUCAAACAGAGCUGUGACACGAUUGAGGAUAAAUACAAGGUCUCUGUGAAAGAGGCGGAAAUACGCCUUUCAGAAAUCAAAAAGGCUCAGAACGAGUUUGAGCGCAGACUGUUUAAACCGCUGAGGGACACCAGGUUGGACAUCAAGGAGCCUGAGAAGGUGCUUCAGUACAUCCAAGACAAGUCAAAGAUCACCCAGCUGGAUAAGUAUCGUCUGAAAAACCAGGCCCUGAAAGUGAAGGAGAAGAAGCUCCAGCAGCAGCUUCUACAGAAAAGAGAAGCAGGAAAAGCUGAGUACGAGAUAGUUUUCCAGGAGUUUAAUGAACCAAGAAUCGACAAAGACCUGGAUGAACUUCAAGUCAAUAAUUUGAAAGUCCAACGUGUCCUCAGUUCUCAUAAGGAGAAGCUGCAGAGUGUAACAAGGGAGUCCACAGAGCUGAGCAAUGACAUCACAAACAGGAAGCAGGCACUGGCCAAAAUUCAGGAGGAGAUACAGCAUGCUCAGGAGGCAUGUCUAAAGGCAGAGGCUCUAAACCAACACCUGCACUACCAGAUUGCAGAUUAUGAGGCUCCUGGUAUCAUGGAAUACAUUCACCUCAAGGACAAACACAAGAGGCUGCAGCAGAGCAUUCACACCUGGGAGAGGAAGGUCGGGAUUUCUGAGAUGGCCUUGAAGGUCCACAGUAAAGCCUGGAACACACAGAGAGCCACUUUCACUCCUGCAAACAGUGCCGCUGCUGGAGCUGGAUCUGAACAGCACAGAGUCCCAGUAAAGCUUCCACACAUAGCAGAACACAGCACAUAAAGAAACACACUCAGGGGUGUUCACAAAGAAUGGAUUGUGGCAGAUCAGUAGCACUAUGAGUUGUGAAUCAAUUGUUCACGCUCUGUGCUCCAUCUCAAGGUCUGAUUCACAAAGCAUACUAUGCUUAUGGUAUUCAAGUGUAAACACGCGCAGAGAGUUUUGGUGCUUGGUGCAGUUUGCUGUGUUCCGGUCCUGCAUAACAGUCCAGACCAUCUCCACUGAUGUGGAGGAAAUGUUUUUUAAUGUGUUGGCGUUGUGCCUCUCAAAGCUUUGGACUGAUUUAACAUCUUGUUUUAUAACAAUAUUAAUAUCAACGUCACAUUUACAGACAAUUUAUUUUCUAGAUGACACACUUGAAAGUUUAAGCAUGACAUCAGUGCAGUUAACUCUCAGCAGACAGUACUUACUUCCCUAACUACGCAGUGUUUGGGAUUUAGAUGCUUUUUGCUUUAAGUUUAUUCUGACCCAAAUAUUGACCCAAAUCAAUGCAUAGUUGCUAAUUUGAAUACAUGCAGAUGGUACCAGUGUAUAAAGAGGCCAUUUCCUCUGCAGUGCAGAGUGAAUUAGACGCUUUCUUUUUGUUUCACUUUGCACAGGUGCAAAAGCUGCACAAUCCUUUAGUGAAUCAUGCCCACAGAGAGCAAUAAUGGAUGCUGUUUUAGUCUGUUUAUUCAUAUACUGUAAUGUUUUAUUAAAAGUUCCCAGUUAAGCUGCUUCCUUUUCUGUGUAGAGUAUACACAGAAGCAUUCAGGGUUAGCUCCAACAAUGACACAGGCUACUAUUUCAGUGCUCCUUAAAGCUUGGGUUGGUAAUCAGAUUUAGAUACACUUUUUGUCAUACUGGUUAAAAUGAUCUUUAUGUCCUGAUGGCAAUCAAUACAUAAUGUGUUCCUAAAAAAGAGUGAAAAAAACCUGCUAUCUACAGCCGGAGUAAACCUGGGAAAACACCAACCAAUCACCGUGUUUUGGCUCCCCAAAUUUUAAACCAAUCAAAUCCCGUCCAGCCGUUCUGCCCUCCUCCUGCACGUACAUUUCCCCGGCGUGCACUCCUCCGAGUCCCCGUCUCCUGCCUCUACUUCCCCUGACUCUAUUUACUGCCCCUCUCACUCGUCCUCGGGCCUGUCCCCUCUGACCUGAUGAGGUGCUUUGCUCAGGACUGUAGUCCGGAUCAGAGUCUAAAAAGCUCUCACCAACAAGCAGAAUAAUUAAUGACGUUCAGUAAGUCCUACAGAAAAUAUAUAUUUAUUGUAGCGUCCGUCCCGACGCUGUAGUGAUGACGAGCCGAUUUGUGAACACGUUGAUCUUUAAUAACCGGUCACUGUCGGCCGUGAUGACGACAACCAACAAAGCAACAAUCAAUGUUUGAAUGAAUGAAAAACUUCUCCUCUUGUCUCUCCUCUCUCCCACUCGCACACUCUACACCUCUCCUGAUGCCUUCACUGACCGUCAACACUGUAGGAAUUAAGAACAUCUACACUGAACAGGUUUAACAAACAGUAGAGCUGUUACAGUUUUAUAUAUUUAAUUUCAGUUUGAUUAAUGUUUAGAUCUUCAGGUGGGAUACUUUUGUAGAGGUCGUGAAAAUGUUUUCCCCAGAUAUCUCCAUCUUGUAUUGCUAAUUGUUGAGGCUUUGUGGUCUCUGUUCAACAUGUUCAAGAAGUGACCCUGGUCUACUGCAUUUUCAAUCUCCUCCAGUGUUUUGUUGGUGUAGUGGGAUUUCUUUUGUCUGAUGGUCUGUUUGUACUGUUUCAGGUGUUCGGAGUAUUCAUGUAAAAGUGUUGGGUCAUGUUGGUUUCUGUGUUUCUGGUUUGAUAGCUGUCUUAAGUGUUUUCUCAUUUCUUUACAUUCCUUAUCAAACCAUUGUUUUUCAGAGGGUUUUUGAUUACAGUGCUGAUGGCGAGGUUUCUUACUUUUUUCAAGCUUUGCAUCUAAUGCAGCUUUUUGGAAGAUAUUGUUAAUUACUUCUGUGGCUUUGUUGACACCUUCAGAGUUACUGUGGCAAUGUGAACAGUUGACUGUCUUAUUUCAAUUGAAUUCAAAGCUUGUUCAAAUUGUUCAGCACUAUUUGGAGCCCAUCUGUAUGAUUGGUUCAGAUUGUACAGCUUACUGGGUUGUUCCUUAAUACUAUAUCUUGUGUGUUUUUUUAAGUAUAUAUUAAUCUGGCUGUGAUCUGAAAGGGGGGUUUGUGUUUGAACAGUGAUAGCACUGAAUGAGGGAUCCAUGUCUGAGAUGGCAUAGUCAACAACACUUGUCCCAAGAGCUGAACUAUAAGUAAAACGUCCCAAACUGCCUCCUCUGAUCCUACCAUUUAACAUAUACAGGCCGGAGGCCCUGCAGAGGUUCAUUAACUCUUUCCCAUUUCUGUUCAUGGUUUUGUCAGGGUUGUUCCUCAUUGCUGUAGGUGUGGGGGUCAAAGGGGACUCUUUGAAUAUAUAUUUAUCUCCUGUGUGGUCUAUACAGUCAGGAUCUGUACCUGUUCAGGCAUUAAAGUCUCCACACAGGAGUAUUUUCCCUUGGGCUUGAAGGUGGCAUAUCUCUGUGUGUAGGGAGCUGAGGAACUCUUCUUCGUGGUAUGGUGACUCUGAUGGAGGGGCGUAUAUUGCACAUAGAUAUAAAUCUACCUCGCAAAUGUCUAUGUGUUUUUAAAUUUUAAGCCAAAUGUGUUUUUUUGCUUUGUUUAAUGAUUGUGAUGUGUUUGGUAAUAUUAACUUUGAGCCAAAUUAUUAUUCCUCGAGUCUCAACCACGGUGUACUGCUUUCAUCUUAACUGAAGGCACUAUGAUUUCAUCGUAGCCUAGGGGACACUGAGUCACUGUAUUGGAUCGACACCACGUUUCCAACAAAAUCUAAAUAUCAACAUCCUUUAUAUUAUUUAAGAAAUCAGGGUUUGCGGUCUUAAGACCAAAAGUGUUAGAGUAUAAACCCUGAAUAUUCCAAAAGCUUAUUUUAAAAGAUUUCAUUUGUGAGCAAAAAAAAAAAAAAA